CCCACUUUCAGAGCAGCAACGAGGAGGAAACAAAAUCACAUUCAAAAAGAGAGGAACAGAGACUUGGUGAACACCCUUUGUGCCUCAAGGAGUGAUCUUGAAACUUCCGGAGUUGAGUCUCUAUAAUGGUCAAGAGAGGGCACAAGAUCCACGCAGAGACAUCAAAGCCAAUGCAAGCUCAGACAUCGUCAGCAUCAUCAGAUGGGAAGAAGAGGUACAAGGGAGUGAGAAUGAGGAGCUGGGGAUCAUGGGUUUCAGAGAUUAGAGCACCGAACCAGAAAACAAGAAUAUGGUUGGGAUCUUAUUCAACCCCGGAGGCUGCAGCCCGAGCCUACGAUGCUGCACUUCUAUGCCUCAAGGGUUCGUCAGCUAAUCUCAACUUCCCUUCAAGUUCUUCACAAUACAUUCCUCAAGACAAUGUCAUGUCUCCUAAAUCAAUCCAAAGAGUUGCUGCAGCUGCUGCAAAUAGUUUUUCUGACAAUGCCACAACCCCACCUUCUCCGCCCCCUGCCUCCGCCUCGACCUCCUCAUCCUCACUCGUCUCGUCCCCAUCAAUGUCCUCCGAUCAAAUCGAUGAUGAUGUCUCACUAAUCUCAUCAUUUGGGGCCUACGCUAGUUAUGAUCAGACUAAUGAACCAGUCUCUUUGAUGGACUCUUGGUAUAGCUUUGAUGAUUUGCAAUCUCCCAAGUAUGUGAAUCAAAUGCUCGGUGGUAAUUUGUUUGAUAUUGAUCCAACCCAGCUGCUCGAUGAUUUUUGCGAGGAAAGUGAUAUUCGUUUGUGGAGCUUCUGCUGAGAUAUAAAUAUAUAUAUAUAUGCAGGCCAAAACCCGAUUCUUUUUUCUUUACAGAUUGAUAUUCGUUUGCCUUCAGUGCUACAUGUUGAAGCUGAGAUAUAUUACAUUGCUGACUGUGACCAAAUUAAAUUUUCAUUUAUCUAUGUAUACAUAUAUGGUUCCUAUAUGUGUAUUUUAGAAGAAGAAAUUCGUAGAGAUAAGACAAUUUUUUUUUUUUUCUGGCCUACUCUUCCAAGUGAAUUUCUGAAACAUCUGAAAUUAUGUAUCAUGGAUGCAAAGCUUAUCAUGUCUAUGUUAUAAAUAUCUUUUCCAUGUGUUGUAGAAUAUGUUUCUCUGUGUCCCUGUAAUAAACAAAUGUUUAAUUUCGAUUGUGGGAAACUAAGCCCCUUCAUUUAUUGCACCAAUCGGACGACCUAAGAUUCUCAGAAAAACUAAUUAGUUACUUCAGAUAAAUUAAGGAAAAGAGGGAACCAUGUGUUACAGGAUGUGGGAACUUGAAAUCUGUCGGGAAGUGUAUCUGUUGUUACUUUGAAUCUAAUGUCCACUGAACCUUAUCUUCUUGCUCAAGCAUCUACGUUUGGCAACACAGGAACUAUACUUUUCUGGAGGACCGCUCAGGGGUAUAAAUCAUGAAAGCUGUUUUGUUUCCAUUUUUGGGUUGGGUAAUGUAUUGAAGUUGGUUUAUGCCUGAAGCCGAAUGACAAAUAAUAAUAAGCUAUCUAA